CGUCACAUGUGCUUGCCUGUGAUUGGAGGGUUUGCCCUCUCUUCCUUUCUCCCGGUUCCAACAUGGCGGCUGACUCUGUGUCUCUGUUCACGUCUAUCGGGCUCAGUGAGCAGAAGGCGAAGGAGACCCUGAAGAAUGAGGCGCUCAGCGCGUUACUGCGGGAGGCCGUGCUCCAGGCCCAGGCUGUGUUGGGACCGUCCAUCGACAAGGUCAUUGGCACCCUCAUUUACAAUGUGGCAACUCGCCUUAAGGAUACCAAAAGACUGGGGUUCCUUAUCGGAUACAUAAUCACGAAGAAAAUAUCCACAGAUCUGCAGCUAAACGCCGCCUUGGAAUAUGUGAAGGGCCAUCCCCUGGACCCCAUCGAUAUUGCUGAUUUUGAGAGAGAAUCUGGAGUCGGGGUUACAGUCACACCAGAGCAGAUAGAAGAAUCUGUUGAAGCGGUUAUCCAGAAAUAUAAAGAGCAGCUGUUGGCUGAGCGUUAUCGCUUUAAUAUGGGUCUUUUAAUGGGGGAGGCAAGGAACAGACUCAAAUGGGCUGAUGGGAAAAUAAUUAAGAAUGAAGUGGACAUGCAGGUUCUUCAUUUACUUGGCCCCAAGACAGAAGCCGAUCUGGAAAAGAAACCCAAGGUAGCGAAGCAGAAAGUUGUGGAGUCGGAGAAAAAAAAUAAUGCAGCUGUGAACUGUGAAGUGAAGCUAGAAUCUACGUCUCUGAUGGAGCAGUUGAGAGGAGAGGCUUUGAAAUUCCAUAAGCCUGGGGAAAAUUACAAGUCAGAAGGAUAUGUUGUAACCCCCAAAACAAUGGAUCUGCUGAAGAAACAUUUGGAGAUCACUGGUGGGCAGGUGAGAACAAGGUUUCCUCCAGAACCAAACGGCAUUCUACAUAUUGGUCACGCAAAAGCCAUCAAUUUCAACUUUGGCUACGCAAAGGCAAAUGGUGGCAUCUGUUUCCUUCGAUAUGAUGAUACCAACCCAGAAAAAGAGGAAGAGAAGUAUUUUACAGCGAUCAGAGAUAUGGUGGAAUGGCUAGGCUACAAGCCCUAUGCUGUGACACACGCCUCCGAUAACUUUGACCAGCUGUAUGAGUGGGCGGUGGAGCUGAUAAAAAGGGGCCAUGCAUAUGUCUGUCAUCAAAAAGUCGAUGAAAUUAAAGGGCACAAUCCCCCUCCAUCACCUUGGAGAGAUCGACCAAUUGAGGAAUCUUUGCUGCUCUUUGAGGGAAUGAAAAAGGGAAAAUUUGCUGAAGGAGAAGUCACACUCAGAAUGAAGUUGGUAAUGGAGGAUGGGAAAAUGGAUCCAGUUGCAUAUCGGAUAAAGUACACACCUCAUCACCGAACAGGAGACAAAUGGUGCAUUUAUCCCACAUACGAUUAUACUCAUUGCCUUUGUGAUUCCAUAGAGCAUAUCACGCAUUCUCUCUGCACCAAAGAGUUCCAGGCCAGGCGGUCAUCAUACUUCUGGCUAUGUAAUGCCCUGGACGUUUACUGCCCUGUGCAGUGGGAAUACGGCCGUCUGAACCUGCACUAUACAGUGGUGUCAAAAAGGAAGAUAAUUAAAUUGGUAGAAACGGGAGCCGUCAGGGACUGGGAUGAUCCUCGCCUAUUCACACUAACCGCCCUGAGACGAAGAGGAUUCCCACCCGAAGCCAUUAACAAUUUCUGUGCAAGGGUUGGUGUUACAGUUGCUCAGACAACAAUGGAGCCUCAUCUGCUGGAAUCGUGUGUCCGUGAGGUCCUGAAUGAUACAGCACCCAGGAUUAUGGCUGUGCUAGAACCCCUGAAAGUUACAAUCACCAACUUCCCUGGAGAUGAGGCAAUUGAUGUCAGAGUCCCAAACUUCCCAGCAGACGAGUCUAAAGGUUUCCACAGUGUGCCAUUCUCCUCCACGAUCUACAUUGAGACGACAGAUUUCAGAGAGGUGAUGGAGAAAGGAUAUAAGCGACUGACCCCAGACCAGUCAGUUGGCCUUAGACACGCCGGGUAUGUCAUCUCUGUACAGAACAUCAUAAAGGAUAGAAAUGGUGAAGUGGUAGAACUGGAGGUCACCUGCACAAAAUCAGAUGUGGCUGAAAAGCCCAAAGCUUUUAUCCACUGGGUGUCAAAACCACUCAUGUGUGAAGUACGUCUCUAUGACAGACUCUUCCUGCACAAGAGUCCUGAAGAUCCUUCUGAAGUUCCUGGUGGAUUUUUAAGUGAUUUAAACACUGACUCCCUGACCGUGAUCUCUGAUGCCCUGGUGGAUCAGUCUGUUAAGAGCUGCAAAGCCCUGGAUAAAUUCCAGUUUGAAAGAUUGGGGUAUUUUUCUGUGGAUCCAGACACCACUCAAGUCAAGAUUGUAUUUAAUAGGACUGUCACACUGAAGGAAGAUCCAGGGAAGGUGUAAAGCCUAUGUAACCAGUCUUGCCAAUACUAAACAAGAUGCUCAAGAAGGCUUUGCACAACAACCCAGAACAACCGCUUGCCUUAACUGAGAUGGGGAGGAGGCUUCAUCCAAAGACCAGUUGGUUUUUAUAACUGUAUGCAAUUGAAAAAUAAUAAAAAUGCUCUUAUUUAAUCCAGUCUCAAUCUAUAUGCUUCUGGCCAGUCAAUAUGUUGCUAUUCAAUUUUAUGCCUGUAGGAGGAGCCAUACAACCAUUAUAGGAAAGAUAUUCGGUAUUAUUUGUAUUUACAAGGGAUAUUGUUUGUAUUUACUAGGGAUACUGAAAAUUUAGGCUGAGUUUGGCUGAAAACUGAAAGCGAAAAUGCAUUGCCCUGCCCAUUUUUUAAUAGUUUUUGAA